AUGGAGCUACUCAGUAACUACCCGGCUCUGAAAAAGCACCUGGAUUGGCUGUUGGGGGGCAGCAGAGCGAGCGGGGAGGGGGCGGGGUCGCUCCUGGCCGCUGCAGCCUCUCAGCCUCCGACCCGACGCUCCGGCCUCUCCGCCACCGACGCCCGGAAACUGCGCUCGAGGCGCCUGACGCCAACCCGGCGGUUGGGCGCUCGGCCCCGCCCCCGGCCCGCGGAGCCAAUGGCGGGGCGGGAGGAGCCGCGGGGCGGGGCCAACGUUCCCGAAGCCGAGUUCCCCAAGGGCCAGCGGGUGAGCGGUCUGGGAGGCUUGGACUCCACUAAGGGGAGAGGGAGAUCCGCCUGCAGAGGGCGUCUUCAGCUCACCGCUCCCUCCUCCUCGGGACUUUCUCAGGUACCUGCCCAUCAGCCCCUGAGGCACAAACCUGGAGGAUCUGGUUCUUCUCAUCUAGCCAGGACCUUCCCUACACUAGUGUGGGCGUUCAGGACAACCAAGCAAUGUGAAGCUAUGGUUUUCACAGGCCCCUUGAGAUAUAGCACUGAAGAUUGGCAAUUAGAAAACAGAAGUAAAGGCACAACACACUAUGGCCUCCUAGCCUCAGGCAGAGGGGCCAGAGGGUGUGACUUCAGGUGCUAGAAGCCCACAAACCACAUUUCACAGAUUCCCUUGACAGCAGAGUUCUGCCAUAAAAUCUAGGGGGUGAAAAGGAGGUGGAAACCAUUCUUUCCUCCUCUGCAGUAGCAGAUGCGCAGGCUACAUGUUGGGACUCCAUGUUGCCAGUCACAGGCUUGGGACCAUGGAGUGCUGCAGUGACUUCAGCAGUGGGUUCCCAAAAUGUACUGACUUUUGAGUGGCAGCAGCAGCUUUGAAUGUAUGGAAAGCAGCUGUGGUAAAGUAACCUGAAAAAAAAAAUAAAAAUAAAUAAAAAUAAAGUAACCUGACAUUCACCACUGCUAGCCCCACAGUGGUGAGCAUCCAUUCCUUGUAAGACAUUAUGACUGGAGCUGAUACCAAGGGAUGGAUGCUUAACCAUCUGAGCCACCCUGGCAUCCCAGAAGUGGAGGGAGUUGUGCUUCUUCCACAGAUUGUGCUUCAUUAUCCCUGUGCUUCAUUAUCUGUGUUGGUUGAGGAAGGCAGUAGUAGGUUUGGUGGUGGGCGGCAUUGGGAAAGAGCCUGGUAGCACACAUCUGACCCUCAAUGGAGUCAGGAGAGGCUAGUAGGGUGGUCCAUGAGAAUGGGUAAGUGGCACCACCAAUAUAUUUUCUGAAAUAAAGGAGUGAGGAGGGCAGUCUUGGGUAAUUACCACCCUCACACAUUUUUCUUUACCCUAGCCCUCCAGCCCCUCCCUGCUAGCUAUCCAAGGGUUGGGAUUAUUAUUUUUUUUUAAAGAAAAGGAACAAAAUACCCCAAUGUGAAUUAUCUAUAGCUUGUAACAAUGAAGAACCCCCUAUGCCAAGACAGGGCAUAUAUUUUGUGUAUGAGUUUGAGUGCUUGGGAAGAAAAAGAGGCCUUAGCCCUACUGUGGAGCUAGGCUCAGUGAUCCAAAUAUUCUGGUAAUGCUAAAAAUCUUACAAGAGGGGCCAGAAACAGAUGAUCUUCUAUGGGCAGGUCAAGCAUGUUGUGAAUAACUUGUAUUUGGUGAACCAGGGGGGAGAGCACCAGAAUAAACUGCCAAUUGAUUUAAUAGAUAUGUU